AUGAGCGGCAACAACUUCCCCGUCGAUCUCAAGCAGUUCAAGCAGCUGAAGCUUGACCCCAAGAACAACACCCUCAGUGCCGAACAGAAGUCUGAUCUCCAGAACAACAUCAACAUCUUCCGUGAUGCCAUCAUUGCUUUCACCGCGACCGGUGCUGCUCGAGGUGUUUCGGGACAUACCGGUGGCCCUUUCGACACUGCCCCGGAAGUCUGUAUCCUACUUGCCAUGAUGAACGCGAACCCCAAUAACUUUGUCGACGCUGUUUUCGACGAGGCGGGCCACCGUGUCGCUACACAAUAUCUCUUGGCUGCCAUGGAUGGCAAGAUUGACCCUGAGCACCUCCUGAACUACCGUGAUGCCAAUUCAAAGCUUCCCGGCCACCCCGAGCUUGGUCUCACGCCGGGCGUCAAGUUCAGCUCCGGUCGCUUGGGCCACAUGUGGGGAAUGGUAAAUGGUAUCGCUAUGGCCAACAAGGAUAAGAAUCUUCUGAUGCUGGGCUCGGACGGAUCCCAGCAGGAAGGAAAUGACGCCGAGGCCGCACGUAUUGCUGUCGCCCGAAACCUCAAUGUCAAGCUGUUCAUUGAUAACAACGAUGUCACGAUCGCCGGCCAUCCUUCCGAGUACCUGAAGGGUUAUGAUAUUGCCAAGACCCUUGAGGGCCAUGGCUUGUACGUUGUUCGUGCAGAGGGCGAGAACCUGGACUCCCUGUACCCAGCAGUCGCUGAAGUCGUUAACCACAAGGGCCCUGCUGCGGUCGUCAUCAACCGAAAAAUGGCUUCGGGCAUUGAAGGCCUUGAAGGCCAGACCCACGCUCAUGAUGUUAUUACUGUCGAUAUUGCGCGCAAGUACCUUACCAAGAGGGGAUACAGCAAGGAAAAGCUUGCUUUCUACGAUGACAUCAAGGGCCGGUCCAACCCCCACCAGUACGAGGGCUCCACCAAGGAGAAAGGUGCCAACCGUGUUAUUUUUGGCGAAGCUGUCAACUCCAUCCUUGAUGGUCUCAGCAAGGAAGAUGCAGCCCGUCGCGUCUUGGUCAUUGACUCAGAUCUCGCUGGUUCAACCGGCCUGAAGGCUAUUGCAACCAAGCACCCCGAAGUCUUCGUUCCGUCGGGUGUGAUGGAGCGUGGUAAUUUCUCGGCAGCCGCCGGUUUCGGCUUUGGCAGCAAUGGCGAGCGUCAAGGUGUCUUCUCUACUUUCUCUGCCUUCCUGGAGAUGUGUAUCUCCGAGAUCACCAUGGCCCGCUUGAACAACUGCACCGUUCUCUCCCACUUCUCGCACAGCGGUGUCGACGAGAUGGCCGACAACACAUGCCACUUUGGCCUGAACCAUUUCUUCGCUGAUAACGGCCUGAUGGACGCUGAGAGCACUGCGUUGUAUUUCCCCGCUGAUGGCGAGCAGAUGAAGGCCGUCGUGAGCAAGGUCUUCUGGGACCAGAGCAUGCGGUUCAUCUUCUCCACUCGCGCCAAGGUACCUUAUAUCCUAAAGGAGGGCACUGAGCAGAAACUCUACGGCGAGGGCUACAAGUUCGUGCCUGGUAAGGAGGAGGUCAUUCGCAAGGGUACCGCCGGGUACAUUGUCACCUACGGUGACAUGGUCUACCGAUCGCUCGAUGCCGUUGAGCGCCUCCGCCGGGAGGGUCUCGAUGUUGGUUUGAUCAACAAGCCGACCCUGAACGUUGUCGACGAAGAUGCCAUCCGCAACUACGGCUCAACUCCCUUCGUCCUCGUCGUUGAAUCUAUUGCUCAGAAGACCGGUCUUGGCUCUCGCCUCGGCACUCAGCUUCUGGAGCGCAAGCUCACGCCCAAGUACAAGACUAUGGGUGCUAUCAAGGAGGGCUGUGGCGGUCUCUUCGAACAGGUUAAUGCUCAAGGCCUCGGCCCUGAGGAUAUCGUCGCGGCUGUGAAGGAAGUAGCUGGAAAAUAG